ACCUCCACACAACAUUGCAGACAUCCAAUGGAGUCCCGGGAUCGCCCUUCCUCUUCUCGCCGGCCCUCUAAAAGGGUCCGCAUUACUGCAACCCUGCCCCAUAUUCCAGACGAAAUCAUUCUGGAGAUUCUGUGUCUUCUUCCUGUGAAGUCCCUGAUGCGGUUCAAAUGCGAUUCCAAAUCAUGGCGUGAGAUGAUCUCCGAUCCCGAUUUCGAGAAGAAACAACUCGCAGUUGCGGCACGAGACUCUGGUGAGGUCUAUAACUCGAGGCUUAUUAUGCAUUAUCCUUCUAUGAAGCUUAAAUCUUGCCCUUUAUCUUGCCUGUUCUAUGAGCCUGUUGGGCAUUCUGUGAAUCAUGAGUAUCCGGGUAGCGAAUUGGGUGUUAUGAAUGAGAUCAUUGGUAGCUAUAAUGGGUUGGUUUGUUUUUGUAUUCGGGAUACAGAAAAUGAUAUAAUCUUUGUGUGGAAUCCAUCGACUAGGGAAUUUAGAAGAUUGCCCCCCAUUUCUUUUAUGCAGUGUUUUCAUUUGGUGGCGUAUGGAUUUGGGUAUGACAGCAUUGCCGAUGACUAUAAGGUUACGAGAGUGGGUUGCUACUGUAUCGGGCGCUAUUAUGAAUAUCAAGUCAGGGUUUUUUCAUUGAGAGGUAAUGUUUGGAGAAAAAUUGAGAAUUUUCCCUGCUAUCUUUUCACUGAUGAACCAGGGAUACAUGUGAAUGGUUCAAUCAAUUUCGGGGGAGUUGGGGACAGUGAAAAUUACUACUGGAGUGUAGUUGGACUUGAUUUAGCAAGUGAAUCUUAUCGGAUGGUGCCGCUGCCUGAUUGUGCAGAUCCAAAUGUGAAACCAAUGAUUAUGGCUUUAGGAGGACGGUUUUGCACUAUUUUUGAUAAUGACGAGGCUGUUGAUGUGUGGGUAAUGGAGCAAUAUGGGGUGAAGAAGUCCUGGAAUAAAUUGGUUACUGUACCUUAUUUCCCGGACCCAAUGACUGUUGAUUGUACAAAGCCAGUGUUCUUUUUGCGAGACGGAGCAAUUUUAAUGGAAUUCUAUGGGUUGUUAGUUUUGUACAAUAUCGAUAGAGAUGAAUCAACGAUUCCUACAAUCUAUGGGACUCGUCAUUGUCAUGAGGUAGAAGUCUACCUGGAGACCAUAGUUUCACCCAAUGCCUACUAUAGACUGCAAGCUGGCCAUCAAAAUGGAGGAAUAGGAAGACAAGCAUGAUGAAGUAAAAGCUGAUAUGCUGACUAGGGGGCACACGAGGAUGCUCUAGAAACAAGGUAGCUAGCAGCAAAGCUUGAUCAUCUAUUGAAGAAAAACCCUAAUAAUGAUGAUGUACGUUUGACCAAUUUUAAAGCAGAUAUUUUAUGGAGAACUUGAUUUCAUUGGAUUUAUGGUAGUGGAGUUGAGACAAUAUUGAGCACAAAUCAAAACCAGGAAGCAGAAUGAUAGAAAGAGGUAAACCAAGUGACCUCUACUUCCCCAAUUACAUGUGAAAUUUGCUUGUUUAUUCAAUAUUUUUCAAUGCUAGCCUUUCUCUUUAUGCAUUACCAAGAUAUAAGUUUUCUUUAGGGCUAAUGGAGUUGUUUUCAACUACUGGGUUUGAGUCUAGCUUUAUGAGCUGGUUUAAUUGCUUACUACAGUUACUUUUCUAGUUCUUUCCAUGUGUGUAGACCAUGAGUUGACAAUUAAAAAUACAAGCUAGGAAUCUAUUUAAGGGUUUUCCAAAUUUCUGUAUGUUAAUUUUCUCCUUUAGUUUGAUUGCAGAUGUGACCUAAUUUUCACCUUUUUGUGUUCAUUUAUUUUAUUUGCUAAGGAUUAUUAACAGUGAGUCUGUAAUUGGAGGUUUUGAGGAUCUGAAACUCAAAGACAGGCAGAAAAGGACAGAAUAAUUUGAUUUGGAAUUCUUAUAUGUCCAUCCAAGGUCCAAUAAUCCAGCCACAGGUGAUCCCAUGUCUCCCACCUCAGACAGUUGCUUGUUCAGACUCUGGCACUAGGUGCUCCCUCGGAAACGUUGUUAAGCAAAAUGGAUCUCAAAUUGUCUGCUUUUUUGGUAUCCAAGGUCUUCAAGCUGAGGUGUUCUUUUGUGCAUGAAGGAUCUGAGAUCAUAAUAUGAACUAAAAACACACUUGAAAUCUACCAAAAGUUUGAUGGGAAGGGAAGAGACUAUAAUAUUGUGCAUUCUCGAGAAGGUGUCGCAUAAGCAGUCAAUCGUGUCUGCACAUGGACUGAUCCAUGACACACUCGUAGUCAAACUUUUGGUGCAUUCAACUUAUAUGAAUUUCUCUCUCACAAUCCAUUAGGGGGUUGUUCUGAGUUUGGGUAGAUGAAGAAGACAUGGGCUUUGGUGAGCAGGUUCGGAACAGCAACAGGGCUGAAACUCCUUGCUAACUAGUGGCUCAAACUAAGUAGACUAAUUGGCUGGCUUGGCCACUCCAAACUUCUUGGAUGCUUCUGCAACAAGGAAUAUUCUAGCAACAAAGCUUAAUUGUAUCA